AUGGCUUCGACGACGAGCGACGAGGAUGUUGUCGUUGUUGCUGCUGCUCCUGCUGCUGCUCCUGUUCCUGUUGCUGCUGCUGCUCCUGUUGCUGCUCCUGUUGCUAGUGGUGGUGGUGGUGGUGGUGGUGGUGGUGGUGGUGGUGAAAAGGUGGAAAAGGAGAUAAAAAACGAGAGCGAGAAGGAGAGGGAGAGGGAUGACGACCUCGAACUCAACCUCGAACUUGAACUCGACCUCGAACUCGAACCCGAAAUCGCGCUAUUUGAACGCGCUGCUGGGCACAUUUCCUUUUCCUUUUUUUCUUUUCUUUUUUUUUGUUUCUUGCAAACGCGUUACUCGGACCGCAUCGCCGAAUACGACAUGAAGCUCCUCGACAUCGACGCCGACACCCUCACGAUCCCCGACACCGAAUACGACGCGCGCGUCACCCUGCCCUCGGCCGAGUUCACGCGCAUCGUGCGCGAUCUCUCGCAGUUGGGCGAGAGCGUGCGGAUCGAGGUGAGUAAGGAGGGCGUGCGGUUCGCUAGUGAUGGCGAGGCGGCGAAUGGGAGUGUGUUGUUGCGCAUGGCGGAGGGUGCGGGGGGAGGGGGAGGGGAGAAAGGGGAGAAGGUGAUCAAGCCGAAGAAGGAGGGUGGGCUUGGAGAGGGUGGAUCGCAGGCUAAAGAGGAAGAUGACGAUGAGGACGGUGGGAGGGUUAAAGUGAAGAAGGAGAAAGAUGCUGAGGAUGUUGAGAUGGAUAAUGAGGAUGAGGAGGAGGAGUUUAAGCCUAAGGACGACGACGAUGAGGAUGUGGAGGAUGAGGAUGAGGAUGAGGAUGGUGAAGAGGAGAAAGAGGAUGAUGAGGACGAUGAGGAGGGUGAUGAGGACAGCAAGAAGCGGAAGAAAAAGGCAAACGGUAAAUCCAAACCCUCCAAAAAAGCCAAAACCUCCUCCUCCAAGUCCUCCAAACCCUCCAAGUCCUCCUCCAAAUCCAAAGGCAAAGCCAAAUCCUCCUCCUCCUCCAACCCCGACGAAAACACAGACAACGACGCGAUAAUCAUCGAGAUGAACCAACACGUUUCUUUGACGUUUUCGUUGAAGUACCUGGUCAAUUUCUCGAGAAGCGCGAGUUUGAGUGGGAGGGUGCAGCUUUUGAUGAGUAAUGAUGUGCCGUUGUUGGUCGCAUACGACUUUGACCAAGGAUACAUCCGGUACUACCUCGCGCCCAAGAUCGGGGACGAUUAA